ACAUAAUUUUAAAGCUCACAUCGCUUUAUCGUUAAAUGUUCUUCUUCUUUCGGGAGUCUGCAAAUCAGCAAAAAAUGAUUUACGCGUUGAGUUUUUCAAAUAAUGCGUACUAUUCUUUUCAGAACAUCAAUGUUUUUUCGAUCUGGCAAGUUCGUUGUGAUAUUGCAAUAAAAUUCACCGUUGUUUGCCGAAAUCUACAUAAACAAAUCACAGCAAAUGUGUUACCAUUUUAACUUAGGUAACAUUGAUUUUUGUUUUCGUUCCAUCUUAAACAAAAAGGUGUUUUCUUUGUAUAUACCGUGAGAAAUACGUUGCUGUAAAUUUACCGGAAAUGUCUAACGUCUAUUUAAUACCUGUAGCGGUAUUCUUAGUUUUCCAAGUAUCCUUUGUGGGAACUUACAUAGCAGCAGUCUUGCAAGGGCAUGUAGUUCCAACAGUUCCUUAUAUUAGCGAUGCGGCCACUUAUUCGCCUGAGAGUUGCGUCUUCGGACAAAUGAUUAAUUUGGGUAGUGUUCUACUGGGCAUAACUGUUUAUGUGCGUUACCGUCAAAUAUUGCAAUUAUUCGAGCACCAUUCCGAUCUAGGUAAUAAUUUAUUGCGUUACAAUCGUUUGGCUGUGUGGUUCGGAUGGUCUUCCUGCUUAGGCAUUAGCAUAGUCGGCAAUUUUCAAGAGACAAACGUGCGAAUAGUACAUUUUACAGGAGCAUUUCUGUGUUUUGGUUUUGGCGCUUUAUACUUUUGGCUACAAUCGUUAAUUUCAUAUAUGAUAUACCCCAUAGCCGGCACAAAACGUAAUGCUCACCUCCGUUUAGCAAUGGCUGCUUGUUGCACUAUGCUAUUUAUUUUAAUGGCUGUGACGGGAGUCAUGUCUCACAUCUUGUUUAGAGGACAAAAUCCAAGAAAAUGGUAUCCGUCUGAUGGAGGCUGGCAUUUUCAUGUAAUUAGUUCUAUUUCUGAAUGGAUAAUGGCGACGAUAUUUAGUUUUUAUAUCUUGACAUUCACCGAAGAGUUUCGCGAUCUAGAUAUAGAUCAUCCACAAUUGCGUUUAAUAUCUUAUUCCUUAACUUUAACUUAAAAUUAACAUAAAUAAAAUAACAUCAUUUUUGUUGACAUUGAUGCUUCCUAUUA